UCAGUCGACUUUUGGAUAGUGAAGAGUGUGAAUGAAUUCGCUGUCCAAAAGUAAUCAAAUUUGUGUACGUGGAAAGUAAAUAAAUUUGAAUAGUGUCACUAAACUCUUGUGGAUUUACUAAGGAUUAAGGAUCUAUCAAACAACUCAUGUCCUUGUGCUAAACGCUUACUUAUAUCAUGUGUUAAAUAACGUGUGAAGAAAAUUUAUUUAUUUUUUAAAUCGAAAAUUGCAAUUUGGCAACAUGAAUGCUGAUGAGUUUCGAGAAUUUGGUCGUGCUACUAUCGAUUUUAUAGCGGAUUAUCUAGAAAAUAUUCGCGACAGACCUGUGCUUCCCUCCGUUUCUCCUGGCUAUCUCCACAAACUAAUACCAGAGGAACUUCCUGAACAACCAGAAGACUGGAAACGUGUUAUGGAAGAUAUUGAACGAGUUAUAAUGCCUGGAAUGACACACUGGCAGUCACCCAAUUUUCAUGCAUUUUAUCCAGCACCGACGUCUUACCCAUCCAUCAUAGGAGAGAUGAUCUCAGCCGCUUUUGGCACAGUUGGUUUUAGUUGGAUUUGUAGUCCUGCCCACACCGAAUUGGAAGUUAUUAUGAUGGAUUGGUUGGGCCGAUUUUUAGGAUUACCGGACGCUUUUUUAAAAUCAUCCAGUAAAUGUGGUGGGGGCGUAAUUCAAGGAGCUGCAAGCGAAGCGAUUUUGAUUGCUGUAUUAACUGCACGCGAACAGGCAGUUCAAAGAUUUCAGAAAAAGUAUCCGGAUCUUACAGAAAGUGAAAUUCGAGGAAAAUUGGUUGCAUACUCUAGCGAUCAGAGUAAUAGUGCAAUAGAAAAAGCUGGAAAAUUAGCCGCCGUUCCAAUGAAACUCAUCAAAGCUGAUGGCAACAAUAGAUUGACUGGGAAAUUGUUAAAAGCGGCAAUUGACGAGGAUUUGGCGAAUGGAAAAUUUCCGGUUAUUUGUGUAGCGACCUUUGGCACAACGGGCACUUGUUCGUUUGAUAACGUUUCCGAAAUCGGACCAGUUUGCCAGGAAAACGAUGUGUGGCUACAUAUUGAUGCCGCAUACGCCGGAGCUGCUUUAUGUUGCCCGGAAAACCGAUCAAUGAUGUUGGGCAUUGAAUGGGCUGAUUCGUUCAACUUUAAUUUACACAAAUGGAUGAUGGUCAAUUUUGACUGUUGCGCUAUGUGGUUCAAGAACUCCAAUGCUGUUGUGGAUGCAUUUACAGUACAUCGUAUCUAUUUGGACCAUAAGCAUCAGGGAGCAUCAGAUCGAGCGCCGGAUUUUCGCCAUUGGUCGAUCAAUUUGGGUAGAAGAUUUCGAUCGAUGAAGGUGUGGAUUGUACUGAGAACGAUGGGAGCUGAAAAAUUGAGAGCACACAUCAGAGGACAAAUCGGAUUGGCGCAGAUGUUUGAAAAUUUAGUAAGGAGUGAUCCGCGCUUCGAAAUUGUCUGUGAACGGACAUUGGCAUUGGUAUGCUUUCGGUUGAAAGGUGAUUGUAGUUUAACGAAGAAAUUAUUGGAGCGAAUUACCGCUAGGAAACAGUUGUACAUGAUUCAUGCCACAUUUAACGAUAAAUUAAUGAUUCGAUUUGUGAUUUGCGGCCAUAAUCCGAAUGAGAAUGACAUGUUGUUUGCAUGGAAUGAAAUCAAGAGUCAGGCGGAUAUACUAUUUAGUUCUGUAGAUGAAGUGACCGAAAAAUUGGCCAGCAAAUGUACAAUAAGCCCGUUGAAUAUCGUUGAAAAGUCAACAAAAUUUUCGUCUUACAUUGGAGAAAUCCAGAAAGAAGUUGAAAAAGUAAAAUAAUAUUUUCGAUUAAAUUAAAUUAUUUUGGAAUUUAGUAAUAGAACAACUAACGUAAUAAUGAAACGUUAAAUGUUUUUUGUUUGUUUUUUUUUUGUCUCUUGAGGUUUUCUAGUUUGGUGGGAUUCCAGGGUAGAAUAUGCACCCUUACUUCAUAUACCUUACUCAAUGAUUCAAAAAAGGCGGUAGCACAAUAAGCCAAGGCUGUAUACUUGGGGAGGUGACGCAGAUCGCCAGUUUUUUUAGAAACGCGGGAACACAUAAAAAGAAGUCAUAUACUAUGAAGUUGUCAACGAGGCUGUCAAAUUUAAGAAUUUUCCUACUCUGAAAAUGUAUGGAAUUAUCAAGUUUUGUGUGUUUCCGCAUAUCUGCAUCCACGUGACCUCCCCAAGUGUACAGCCUUGCAAUAAGCAUCAUAAUGUACGUAUUCCACAAAAACCUCGAAAGAAGAAAUGUUAACGCCUAAACGUCAAUCAAAUUUAACCAAGAAAAUAUGCUGACGAGAAUUUUACAGAUGAUAUUUUACAACGAAAAUAUUAUUAAGAUGAUUAUUGUUUUAUGAUGGGUUUCCUCAGCAUCUGUCGAUACUUUCGUGAUAUACAACUAAUAAACAACGAAUCGAAUGUGUGCACUGUAUAAUGUAGCUUGCCUUUGAAUUGUUUUCGAU